AUGAGGACCUUCAUCAUUAUCACAGUGCUGUCCGCACUCGCAGCUUGCUAUAGUGCCGCCGACCUCCCGAGCGAGGACAUGUCCAGAGGCUACACCGUAUUAUAUGAUGACAUGUCGCCCGAAGGAAGGAUUGUGUCCAGCGCAGAGCUAAAUUCUAAAUCUGAUUUUUGGAUACCGAUAUCUGAGGCAUCACUUGUGGCACCAGCGGUCGCAGGUCAAAGACAAUAUAUUACCAAGGUGUUCCAGGCUGCACCCGGGGUCAUCAUAAACGGACUCAGCGUGACUUACAGCAAAACUCCCGCGUAUUCAUACCGCAGUCCACUAGGAAGCGAUUCCGUGAUAGUGUCGAUAACUUCACACCCCGGUGACGAAAUUUUCUCAAAAAUUACAGUAUACCGAAGACCAUAG